AUGGCCAACUCCGGAACAAGAACCAUCGGCGACAAUGUUGAGGUUGUCGCAUAUAGACACGCAUCCAGUUGUGGAAGAAUUUUGCAGCCCCUCACCUGUAUAGAACUCCACAUGCCCAGAAGUAUCACAACCGAUUACUGUGAACUUAUUCGCGGUGGAGAUGGUAAAUUUGGAGAGAUCGAACGUGGCUCCGCUAUAGGACUGUUCCUUCCCCUUCCGAUCAUAUCAUUCAUGUCCUACAAAUUGCCAGACCUGCAACUGACCUUGGAGGGAUAUGUUUGUGACAUUUAUGUUACUGGUUCUCAAAAAUGCUAUGGGAGGGUUGAAAGAGUGGUUGCAAGUGAUGAGGAAGGCUUCAUCUAG